GGGGCUGUGGGUGUGUGGGUGGGUGCUAGAGAGCUUACUGACUGAACAGUGCAGCCAUUACCUGAGGGAUGUGCCCCAAGGAAGGGUUAAACAACCCCCCCCCCCUCUCUCUGACACACACCCCCGCCGGAGCAGCAGUGUUUGGUGCAGCCCACGUGUGCAGCAGGAGUGUGUGUGCCACAGAGCAGCGCAGCUCCCUAUCCCAGUUACCCAGCAGCAGGGCUCCCUAUCCCAGUUACCCAGCAGCAGAGCUCCCUAUCCCAGUAGCAGAGCUCCCUAUCCCAGUUACCCAGCAGCACAGCUCCCCAACCCAGCAGCAGAGCUCCCUAUCCCAAUUACCCAGCAGCAGAGCUCCCUACCCCAUUUACCCAGCAGCACAGCUCCCCAACCCAGUAGCAGAGCUCCCUAUCCCAAUUACCCAGUAGCAGAGCUCCCUAUCCCAGUUACCCAGCAGCACAGCUCCCCAACCCAGUAGCAGAGCUCCCUAUCCCAGUUACCCAGCAGCACAGCUCCCCAACCCAGUAGCAGAGCUCCCUAACCCAGUUACCCAGUAGCAGAGCUCCCUAACCCAGUUACCCAGCAGCACAGCUCCCCAACCCAGUAGCAGAGCUCCCUAUCCCAGUUACCCAGCAGCACAGCUCCCCAACCAAGUAGCAGAGCUCCCUAACCCAGUUACCCAGCAGCAGAGUCCGCUCCGAGCCUGCCCACAGCUCAUACCCUUCUUGGCUCCUACCCAGCCAGCAGCCCUUGGGUCCCAGCACAGAUCUGGACUUCUCUUUGCUAGGAGAGUCCCGUUGGAGGGAUCCCAGACAGGUACUGGCCAUGCUGAAGCCCGGAGAGGCUGGUGGAUCUGCGUUCCUGAAGGUUGACCCGGUGUAUCUCCAGCACUGGCAGCAGCUCUUUCCCCAGAGUCAUGUCAAGACUGGAGUUCUGAGCCAUGUGGCCCUUCCUGAGCGAGCGGAGCCCCCUAUGGACCCUCUCCGCCUGCGCCCAGCAUCCCUCUCCUCAGCCUCUUCCUCCAACUCUUCCACUCCGUCCUCCCUGGCCGGGGUCACCCCUAUACCCUCAGUUCUAGGGGUUCUACCCAGCACUGAGGCCGUGGCCCCCCAAAGAAAUGAGCUGGGAAUUUCCAAGUGCACAGAGGAGACGCUUGAGAGACUCCAGUGCUCCCCGGAGGAACUGGACUACUACUUGUAUGGGCAGCAACGCAUGGAGAUCAUCCCCCUCAGCACCCCUACCAGCGACCCCAACAACCGCUGUGACAUGUGUGCAGAUAAUCGUAAUGGAGAAUGUCCAAUGCACGGUCCACUACAUUCUCUGCGUCGCCUAGUGGGCACCAGCAGCACUGCAGCAGUAGCUCCUCCACCUGAAAUUCCUGAGUGGUUGCGGGACCUGCCACGUGAAGUGUGCCUUUGUACCAGUACUGUUCCAGGUCUGGCUUACGGCAUUUGUGCAGCUCAGAGAAUUCAACAAGGAACUUGGAUUGGACCCUUCCAGGGAGUCCUUGUGUCUCCAGAAAAAGUGCAGAACGGGGGUGUACGAAACACACAGCAUCUCUGGGAAAUAUAUGACCAAGAUGGGACUCUACAGCAUUUUAUUGAUGGAGGAGAGCCUAGUAAGUCAAGCUGGAUGAGGUAUGUCCGAUGCGCUAGACACUGCGGGGAACAGAAUUUGACAGUAGUUCAGUACAGAUCUAAUAUAUUUUAUAGAGCUUGUAUUGACAUCCCCAGAGGCACAGAACUGCUGGUGUGGUACAAUGACAGCUACACAUCAUUCUUUGGCAUUCCGUUGCAAUGCAUUGCUCAGGAUGAAAACUUGAAUGUUCCAUCACCAGUAAUUGAAGCAAUGUCACGGCAAGACACAUUACAAUCUUUCAACAAAAAUGGCAAGUUGAGCAGCUCAUUACAAAGGUCCCUAGUUUUCCCACAGACUCCCUGCAAUAGAAAUUACUCUUUACUGGAGAAAUCUGGGCCUCUGGACACAGGAUAUAACCAGAUCAAUGUAAAAAACCAGAGAGUGCUUGCCAGCCCUACCUCAACAAGCCAGCUAAAUUCAGAAUUCAGUGACUGGCAUCUGUGGAAAUGUGGACAAUGUUUUAAGACUUUUACCCAACGAAUUCUUCUACAGAUGCAUGUGUGCACCCAGAACCCAGACAGGCCUUACCAGUGCGGACAUUGCUCUCAGUCCUUCUCUCAGCCUUCCGAAUUAAGGAAUCACGUUGUCACUCACUCCAGCGAUAGACCCUUCAAGUGUGGCUAUUGUGGCAGAGCCUUUGCUGGGGCAACUACAUUAAACAAUCACAUCCGGACGCACACAGGGGAAAAGCCAUUUAAGUGCGAGAGGUGUGAUAGGAGCUUCACACAGGCCACCCAGCUGAGUCGACAUCAGAGGAUGCCCAACGAAUGUAAGCCGAUAACAGAAAGCACAGAAUCAAUUGAAGUGGAUUAACUGAUUGACUGGCUGGAAUUAAACUGCAAGAAAAGUCAUGAUUAAAUGUCACGGACACUUAAGCAAAACCAAAGAUUUCCUCUGAACAACUUUCAAUCAGUCCAAGAAAACCAAAAGCAGUAAUAAAAUAAGUAAGAUGUUAAGAGAUAUUGAUCCUGGCAUGGACUAGAGACCAGGAGAGACAUUAUUUAUUUAUGAGUGGGGGUGAAACAUAUUUCAAAGGACAAGGGGACUUAACCUUUUCAGUCCCAUCACACACACACACACACACACACAUAUAUAUAGCUUUAUUUCUAAAUAUCUUUUUAUAAUAAAAAGAAAAAAAUUGUUAUUUAAUACCAAAGUGAAGGCUCUGCUACAAUCUUCAUCCUCCGGCAACGUUUAUGGCUAGAAAUGCACAUGGACAAGGUUGCACUUUUUUUUUUGUAGCAUGAAUUCAUUCUUCUCGAACCAGGACUUGGGGAAGCUUCGGGCUUGGAGAAAGUCCAUUUUCUAAGCAUUGUUUUCUCUCGACAAGGUGAUAAAAGACACUCGCCAGGACGGUGUAAUGACAGGUACCAUGUCUGAGGUACUGACUCUCAGCCUAAUGAUGACAUUGACUUCCAUCAUCUACUGAAGCUAGUUACAACUCAAACUUUGUGCACUUUUCAUGUAAACAGUUUCAUAGACAUUGUUUGUGAUGAUGUAGGAUAAUUUGGGACUAAACAUGUUGCAAUAUUCCAAAAUAAAUA